AAUUAAAAAAUCUAUAGGUAUAAUUUUUAAAAAUAUUUUUUUUUGUAAUUUAUCGUUUUUAAAAUAAAGGAAAAAUUUGUAGACGUCUUGGUAACUUGAGGAAUAAAAAAUUUAGUAAAACCCAGGGCAUGUGAAGCCUGACAGGCGUUCCUGUGAAAGACCCCCGGUGUGUGGUUUUAAAAUCAGCUGUUAUACCCCGACAAACCUCCACGGCUCCACUACUAACAAGUUAAGCAGAGUGUAGGAUACAAUUUAACACCAUACCAAUGAGAAUGAAAUAGUAGUGGGGUAUUUAUGUUUCUCGGCACAGGCAGUCGGCAGCGAGCCUUCGUGUCACUUCGUGCUCUCUCUACAGCACCAGACAUCUGCGUGGUGUAGAGUACCGAGUUUAAUACAUACUGCCAGUACCUCAUUUCCUCUUUCACAAACCAUUCUCUUCUCCCAAUCAUCCCUCUCUUUUUAUUAUUUUUUUUCUUACUCAAUCUCACUACUCCAAUUAAAUUAAAUUAUCAUUAUUCAUUUUUACAUAUUUUUACAACUCACUAUCUAUCUAAGACUCAAAUAACUAAACGCCUUGUGUGUAACUCAAAUUUAUCAUCAAGACAGUGAAUUUUAUUUGAAUAUUUAAAUCGAAACGAGUGAAAGUAUUUUUUAUAAAUUUAAUUAUUGACUGCCAGCCAGUGAGCAAAUAAUUAACCAGUAGAUAAUUAAAAAAAAACAAUUUUUUUAUAAAAAUAAGUUAAGAUUUUUGGUGCAGUGCUGAAGGUCCUUUCGCGUGACACCUGUGUCUUCCGGCAGACGUCAAUCGACCAGCGAAUAACACAAACAUAUGCCGCGGUGGUUGUUCAAUUCCAGUGGAAAGUUUCACGAUUAAAAACUCUUGCAGUAAAGAUGGCAUUACAUUAGCGUGUCGAUAAGUGUUUGUUACACUUAACAACUUUUUAAAUUUCAAAAUAAUAUUUGUUAUGAGUCUUUGUUUAUAAUUCAGUGUAAAGUGUUGACAUACAUCAGUUGUUUUAAAUAUUAAUCUGUAAUUUAUUAUUAAAAAAAACGAAAAAAAGAGACCUGUACUUAGUUACUUACGUCAAAGAACCCGAGAGUUGUAUAAAAAUACAUCAGCACUUUUUUGGGCAACCGAUCAUUGGACCACUGCAGUGACUUAUCUUUUACUUAAGUAAAAAAACAAGGAAUAAAAGAAUAAUAAAAUAAUCUGUUGGGUAAAAGGAUAAAAAAGUAAUCGGAGUAAAAAAUAAAUGAAAGAUAAAAAUUAAAAAACUAUUGCAGUGGAUUACGAAAGUUGGGUUUGGUAUUUUUUAUUACACAAAGACGUCUUGCUCAAAGCACCAACCAAAGAAUCAGUUUUGUUGGAUCAGCAGUCGGAGUCAAUAAGUGUGUCAGUAGAGCUCAGUCAGUCGUCGAAGGCUGAGUAUUUAUCAGUUGCAGUCUAAAUAAUUAUUUAACUGCUGCGGAUUGAAACAAUCGCAGUCAUAAUUGUUUUUUUUAUAUAUAUACACUAAAUGUCAUUUGUUUAAAUAAGUAUAUUUAAAUAAACGGAAGUGAUUGUCCUUCAAUCACGUUUCGGUUAAAUCAAUUUGUAUUCCAAGGUAAAAGCUGCUGGCCCACGUGUCAACACUUUCAUCACGUUCCUGCUACAAGGCACGUGGUGACCAACCAAUACCUAUAAAGACCUCACCUACACUAUCCAGUUAUAUAUUAUAAUAUAUAUGUGUAUAUAGUAUAGUAUAGGAAGAUAGAUAGACAAGAAAACCACCACUACGAUAUUUUUACUACGUUGAUGUACAGUGUGCCUUGAAAAGUGCUCAUGCGCUGCUGUUACUGCUCACAACGUUGUAUAUUUCUUGCUGUUGUUGUUGCUGUUAUAGUGAUGAUGCAGUUGUAAAUGGGACGACGAUAAACAUUGUUGUAUUUAACUUGUGUACUGAUAAGUUUCUCAGUGCGCGAGUAUUGUUGUUGUAAAAACUAAGCGGCUUUAAUUUAAAGGUGAAUCGCAGAACAAAAUUAAUAAGCGGUAAUAACCCGCUGUCAUUGGAAAUCAUUCGGAGAAUUUAAUUUAAUACCAAGUAUAUAUUUAUAUUAAUAUACAUAACAACAACGGCAACGCAGAAGUACUUUGUUGGUGUUGAUAAAAAUAAGCUGAAGCCAAAUGGAGUUGAGUAAAAAAUAUUACGAGUGCACUGAAGAAUAAGAAGAAAAAUAAUUUUUUUAAAAAUUAUACGCAAAUAUCUUGCCGUUAAUAUAUACGCAUUACGAAGAAGUAGAACGUAAAGAUGCCAAGGUCCUAGCGAAUGUUUGGACCAAAUCUUUGGAUUGGAUUUUUAUUAUUUAUUUAUUUAUUUUUUUAUAUCGAGUGAUUAACUCGGUGUGUACUAUUAUUUGGAUAUAUUUUUAUAUUGGUUUUCAUUUGACGGAUAAAUGAAGUCGAUUAAGAAGAUUUCGGAGCACGAGAGCGGUUACUUCGAGGAUGGUAGUGACGUCGAAAUUGUUUUUGAGGACAAUGCUGCUGGAGAUGGAAGAAAAUGGGGCUCCGGUUCCUCGGGAUUAUCUAAGGCCAUAAGAAAACUCGAUGUGACCGACUCGCCCGCAUCUCCGGACCCGGUGUCGCAGGAAAGAAAUGAUGAUGGAGUUAAUUUAGCAGACAGUGGAGGCCAGAGGGUCGAUAUGACGCACUUUGAUCUGCUCAAAGUCCUUGGGACUGGAGCUUAUGGCAAAGUCUUCCUGGUGAGAAAAAGAACUGGUGCUGAUUCUGGUCGUCUCUAUGCAAUGAAGGUCUUAAGAAAGGCGUCAAUAGUGCAGAAAAAAAAGACAACUGAGCAUACAAAAACAGAGAGACAAGUACUGGAGGCUGUUAGAGACAGUCCAUUUUUGGUUACACUACAUUAUGCCUUUCAAACUGACGCAAAACUUCACUUGAUACUCGAUUAUGUAAGUGGCGGUGAAUUGUUUACUCAUUUGUAUCAACGCGAUCAUUUUUCCGAAGACCAUGUACGGAUAUAUAUUGGAGAAAUUAUUUUGGCCCUUGAGCAUCUGCAUAAGCUGGGUAUAAUUUAUCGUGAUAUAAAACUUGAAAAUAUACUACUGGAUCGUGAAGGCCAUAUUGUGCUCACAGACUUUGGUCUAAGUAAGGAAUUUUUGCCACAUGAGAGAGACAACAAUGCCCGAGCCUAUUCCUUCUGCGGGACCAUCGAGUACAUGGCACCGGAAGUCGUGCAAGGUGGCUCAGCUGGUCACGAUAUUGCUGUUGAUUGGUGGAGUGUUGGAGUAUUGAUGUACGAAUUGCUGACUGGUGCAUCGCCAUUUACAGUUGAAGGUCAAAAGAAUAAUCAACAAGAAAUAUCAAACAGGAUAUUGACAACAGAACCACCAAUACCAAAAAAUCUUAGUCCAGUGGUACAGAACUUCAUUGAACGUCUGUUGGUUAAAAAUCCUCGUCAGCGGUUGGGUGGUGGGCCACGUGACGCUAAAGAACUUAAAGAACAUUCGUUUUUUCGAAAUGCACCGCCACCAUUUAGCUGGGAAGCCUUAGAAAAACGACAAAUACCACCGCCUUUUGUGCCUAGAAUAGCUCAUGAGUUGGAUACCAGUAAUUUUGCUGAUGAAUUUACCAGAAUGGUCGCUGCUGAUAGUCCGGCAGUUGUGCCGCCAAAUUACGACAAAUUAUUCCGAGGUUACUCAUACGUCGCGCCGUCAAUAUUAUUCAGCGAUAAUACGAUAAGCGACCAAAUAUUCCGCGAGACCAAUCAAACCCAACAUUUGAACCGUCCGUCGGUGUCAAAUAUACUGGCGACAAAAUUCGAAGAGUCCGCGUUCUUUCAAAUUUACGAAAUAGACCCGCGUGAAGAGGCGCUCGGUGAUGGAAGUUUUUCAGUGUGCCGUCGAUGCCGUCACCGUCACACGAAACAAGAGUAUGCUGUUAAGAUAAUAAGCAGAAGAAUAGACAGCAGCCGUGAAGUUGCUAUUCUUCGUGCUUGUCAAGGUCAUCCUAAUAUUGUUAAGCUGAUAGAUGUCUAUCAGGAUCGUGCGCACACUUACAUAGUAAUGGAGUUAUUAUCUGGAGGUGAGUUACUCAGAUCUGCUCGUACGUAUACUGAAGAAGAGGCUCGUAAAAUAAUGAAACAAUUAGCAUCAGCAGUGCACUUUAUACAUUCUCGUGGUGUUGUUCAUCGUGAUUUAAAACCGGAAAAUUUAGUUUACUCGCAAGCUGGUAAUAAUUCACUAAUUAAAAUUGUCGACUUUGGAUUUGCAAGACUGAAACGUUCGUGUGAGCCACUUCAUACUCCAUGUUACACUUAUCCAUAUGCUGCUCCAGAGGUUCUUGCGCACCAGGCUUAUGAUGAGAGCUGUGAUAUGUGGAGUUUAGGUGCCGUUUUGUACUCGUUGUUAUCAGGAAAACCAGCUUACAAAGUUGGAUCACCAGAUCUUGCGUCAAGAAUAAAAUCCGGUGAAAUUGAUUUUAAAUUAUGGACGAAUCUAAAUCCGGUUGCACUGUCGGUUAUCAAAGGACUAUUAACUCCAGAGCCUGUUGACAGACUCACUGCCAAUGGUCUCGUAAAUCAUACAUGGCUGGCAGAGCCAAAAUUGUCCAUUGAAACGAAUCAACAUCACCGAGCCUCGACUUCGGGACCAAGUGAUAAAGCUGGAGGCUUCAGAUUAAAAGAAGUUGAUGGCGCUAAACUUGCUCAGCGGCGUAAACUUCACAAACGUUCGACCUCAAGUUCAGUAUCUUCUUCAACUUCAAACACAUCAUCCUCUAGCCCGUCAAUUCAAAUUCUGAGACCACCAAGUGCUACCACCAGUAUGACAACAUCAGCAUCACCAGCUCAACCAAAUGCCUUUGACUUCAGUGACGACCGUGUAAAUGAAUACUUAAGUUCACUGUCGUCUUCGUCAUCAGAUUCAAGUUCGCCGAAAAUAAUUCUCGACAUGAAUAGCGAACGUCAACGUGCCUGUGAAUUAAAUGUUGAUAUGCCUAAAAGUAAACGACGAAAGAGAGAUCACAAACUGGACAAUCAUAAUAAUAUGAGUAAUAAUUCAUGCUCCAGUAAAAGUAGCAGCAGCAGUGGUGUCGUUACAAGAUCACGUAAAAGAAAACUUGAGCAAGCAAGUGGCUCCGAUACUUCCUUUGAGUCUUCUAAUGAUUCUUCGCGAGACAAACAUGAGUCUAAUGUUCACAGAAAACAAAAAUCUGGCAAACGACCUAGAAGAUAUCCUGCUAUCAAUGAAUAGAUUUUUUAUAAUUAGUUAGUCAAUUUAUAAAUAUUAUUAAUUUAAAAUCAUUAUAGAUUCAUAUAGUUAUUGUGUUAUAUUUUUUUGUCUUUGCUUCGCAUUUUUUUUUAAAAACAAUUUCGAUAGUCGCAGUGUGUUAGUUUACAUUCUCGUGCCUGGGACUCGAGAUUCAUCAUUCCUAAAUGUUUAUCAUUUAUUGUAUAUUAAUUAUUGACAUGAAUUUAUUGAUAUUAUUUAUAUAUCAAGCGGAAUAUAUAUAGAAAUUUAUCAUUAACUUAAAAAAUUAAUUUUUGUGUAAUUCGUUUGUUUGUUUCUUUGUUUUUCGUAUUUGUUUAUAAAGAUGUGAUUAUUAUAAAUUUAUAAAUUCGUUUAAAAUUAAUUAUACAACAUUUCAAUGCAGAAAAAAUUAUAUUACCAUUUAAAUUAUUCACUCUUACGGGAGUUAAUGGUCUUUUUUUGUGCAAUUCAUUUAUUUAAUAAUUAUAUAUAUAUUUUGUAUAGAAAAUAGAUUAUUAUUAUUAUUAUUAUCAUUAUUAUUAUUAUUGUAAAAAAUAGAUAAUCGGGGGAGAGAGAGAUAAAGAUAAGUAGAUAGAGAAAGCUGUGGCAAAGUGUGAUCAUGAGAGAGCCUUUUUAAAAAAUAUUAAUGAAUUAUUAUUAUUAUUCUUAUUAUUAUUAUUAUUAUUAUUAUUAUUAUUAUUAUUAUUAUUAUUAUUAUUAUUAUUAUUAUUAUUAUUAUUAUUAUUAUUAUUAUUAUUAUUAUUAUUAUUAUUAUUAUUAUUAUUAUUAUUAUUAUCAUUAUUAUUAUUAUUAUAAGCUGUUAUGUUAUUAUUAAUAAUUAAUAUAUAAUUGGAAUUGGCCAUUGCCUUUUUGCGCCUUCUAGUCUGGCGCACAUUCCCCUGGAUAUUUAAAAUAAUAAUAAUAAUAAUAAUUUUGCAGGUAUUUUAUUAAUUAUGUCGGCUUAAAUUCUUUAUAGUUAAAAUGAAUGAUUAAUUAUCAAUUGUGUUAUUAAAAGUAAUAAUUAUUAUUAUUUUUUUGUUUUUAAAUGACCAAAAAAAUUAAGAAGUAAAUAAAGUAACGAAUGCCUUUAAAAAAACACGUAAAUCAUUAACUGUUUUACCUGAUGUAUGGUAAUUGCUGUAAACAAAAUGAGAGUUAAAUAAAUAAUAAAUAAUAAAAAAAAAAAAAAGUAAAUAAAUUUAAAUUAUGGUAAAGACUGAAAAGGUUGUUAUGCCAACUCAGGGAACAGAAAUGUUUAUGAUGAAACGUAUAAAAGUUAUAAAUUUAUAAUAAUUGGUCAUAAUAAAAUAUAUAAAUUAUAAAUAUUAUUGAUAAAUAAUAAAUACGGCGCGAGUAAAUGCUGUACGCACAUCUCUACCAAAGACGACUGAAGUUACUCCGCUGUAAGACCAAAAAGAAAUAUUUAAUAAUAAUAAUUAAAAUGUUUCAAUUAUUGUAACGUUAAAAAAAAUGUCAACGCAUUCAAUCGUCACUCGACAAAGGAGAGACCGAGAGCGAGGGAGAGUAAGAAAAUAAAUGUAUAUACUUAUAAAUAUAUACAUUAAUUAGGAGAGAAUUUAUAAUAUAUUAUUGAGGAUGUUAUAGAAAGGAUAAAUAUAUAUAUGAUAAAUGAAAAAAGUAUAGAUAUAUAUACAUAUAUUUAAUAAAAUAAUAAUAAUAGCAUAAUAAAAAUAUUAUUUAAAUAAAAAUCUAUAUUUUUUGUCUAGGAUCGUGUAAGAGUCAUUAAGAUACUGAUUAAUUAUUGGCAGUUAAAUUGUUUUUUUGCGACAGGGGGUUGUAUUAAAAAUAUUGAGAAUUAUUUAAAAAAAAAAUAUAUAUAUAUAUAAAUGAUGAUAAUAUAUAUGUUAUUUAUAAGAGAAACCUGCAAACUGUCGAAUCACUUAUACAUGCCGAUGUAAAUUAAUUAUCUACGAUGUCAACUUUUAUUGUAAGAAUAAAAUAACUACCUUUGUUACAGCUGUUGAAAUAAAUCAAUUAUGAUGUUUAAUUAAUAAAUAAUUUUUUUUUUUUUU